AUUUGUCACGGAACAGACUGUCAGAGCUUCCAGCAGAAGCAUGUCACUUUGUCUCCCUCGAGAGUCUUAAUUUGUACCAGAACUGCAUUCGAUAUAUCCCAGAGGCUAUUUUGAACUUACAGUCUUUAACGUUUCUAAAUAUCAGUCGAAACCAGCUUUCCACAUUGCCAGUACACCUCUGUAGUCUACCACUAAAAGUUUUGAUAGCAAGUAAUAAUAAGUUGGUUUCAAUACCUGAAGAAAUUGGACAGCUCAGACAGCUGACAGAGCUUGAUGUGAGUUGUAAUGAAAUACAGACAAUACCUCCACAGAUUGGAAAUUUGGAAUCCUUGCGGGACCUAAAUGUCAGAAGAAAUAAUUUGGUGCAUUUACCUGAAGAGCUUGCUGAGUUGCCUUUGAUUCGAUUAGAUUUCUCCUGCAAUAAGAUAACAACAAUACCAGUUUGUUAUAGAAACCUCAGACAUCUGCAGACCAUCAUGUUAGAGAACAACCCUCUCCAGUCACCCCCUGCACAGAUAUGUAUAAAAGGAAAAAUCCACAUAUUUAAAUACCUGAACAUAGAAGCAUGCAAGAUAGCUCCAGACUUGCCUGAUUAUGAUAGGAGACCCAUGGGAUUUGGAUCUUGCCAUGAGGAACUCUAUUCCGGUCGUCCAUAUGGAGCACUUGAUUCUGGCUUCAAUAGUGUGGACAGCGGAGACAAAAGGUGGUCAGGGAAUGAACCAACAGAUGAAUUCUCGGAUCUCCCUUUGCGUGUAGCAGAGAUCACCAAAGAACAGAGGCUGCGAAGAGAAAGUCAGUAUCAAGAAAAUAGAGGGAGCACCGUUGUAACUAAUGGUGGAGUGGAACAUGAUCUCGAUCAGAUCGACUAUAUUGACAGCUGUGCCACAGAAGAGGAGGAGGAAGAGGUGAGGCAAACCAAGUGCAUGGACUCAGACAGCCUCAGCUCACAAUUCAUGGCAUAUAUUGACCAGCGGCGAAUCUCUAAUGAGGGCUCACCAGUAAAGCCUGUAUCCAUCAGAGAAUUUCAGAGAACAGAGGAUACAAGACGAUAUUUACAUCAAAACAGACCCCCAGCUGAUUCACCUUACUUUCUAUCAAGUCACCACGGUCAGGUGCCUAAUACAGAUACCGAGCUGCACCGCAGGCACAUAGAGCGUACCCGUCGGGAGGCUCAGCUAGCAGCGCUUCAGUAUGAGGAGGAGAGGAUGAGAACAAAACAGAUUCAGAGGGAAGCUGUCCUCGACUUUGUUAAGCAAAAAGCAUCCUUAAGUCCUCAGAAGCAAAGUCCUCCAGAUAGUGAGUGUCCCUUUCCAUCCAGAAGGUCUCAGCAUACUGAUGAUAGUGCCUUGUUAGUGUCAUUUUCAGGGUUGAAUCAAGAAAGCCAUGCUACUACCCUGCCUAAUGCCUCUACCUUCAGUCCUGUCAAGAGUGAUGACAGAUCUGCCAUCUCCCCUGGCUCACCUACCACACAGACAGCUAUUACUUCAUCUUCUACCUGUGCCUUGUCUCCUGCUAAUGAUGCUGCAGACCCUAGAGUAAGACAUAACUCCAAACAGCGAGAAGAGGAACUGGAGCUAAUAGAGCAGCUACGCAAGAACAUAGAAUCACGGUUGAAAGUGUCAUUACCCAGUGAUCUUGGAGCAGCUCUCACCGAUGGUGUUGUUCUGUGCCAUUUAGCUAAUCACGUGCGUCCCCGAUCUGUUCCCAGCAUUCAUGUCCCCUCACCUGCUGUUCCUAAGCUCACAAUGGCAAAAUGCAGACGAAAUGUGGAGAAUUUCUUGGAAGCUUGCAGAAGGAUUGGAGUGCCUCAGGAGCAAUUAUGUUUGCCUCUGCAUAUUUUAGAAGAGAAGGGUUUGACACAGGUAGCUGUGACUGUCCAGGCGCUCCUGGAGCUGGCACCCCCAAAGCAGCAGCAACUUCACCACUUGUCUGCUGUGUAA